UUGACGGCGCGCCGUCCGAAUUCCGCGAGGCAGAGGUUGAACUCUCGCUCUUUUCGAAUGAUAUCGCGAUCUCGCGACUUUUCGUGUAUCGGUCGAGGAACGUUCGAUCGAAUGGCGACGGAUUAAGAUAAAGGCCGCUGUCGGUCGUGUGCGACGGAGUCGGUGACGGACACGCGUGCGAUGCGCUGCACAGCGGUUAUUAACAUGUGAGAGGAAGAGAGAAAGAGAGAGAGAGAGAGAGAGAUCCGUCCAACAAUUCUAUCGAUCCUUUAUACAUGAUCGACGUAUAUAUAUAUAUAGAUUUCUUUUAUACAUCGUUCGCCUAAUAAAGAUCGAAAUUCAAUAAUCGCGGUAUACUCGAGUUCCGGAUUAUUUUUCCGGAGAGAAAGACGCAGCUACAACUGACAACUCGAUUUCCGGUCUCAAAGUUGCGGAGUAAAAAGAGCAAAAAAGGGGACAAUCUCGUGAGAAAGAAAAACGUCGGUGGGAACUGACGUAAAGAAACGAAGGAAACGUCCACGAAGGUUCCUUAUAUCCAUUCCCCGUUGUGUCGGAGGGAUCUAUCAUUACUGCGAGAAACAAUCUAAAUGUGUUCCAUAGCAAUGCCGGCCGAACUGAUUCUGGGGCACAGCCCUCCGGUGUACAGUUCUUUACUGUACAGUCCCCUAGUAGUCACGGCGCCCACGAUUACUAGCAGAAAGGUGCCCCCCAGAAUCAGACCAUGCCUCUCUUCAGGAUCUUUGCCCCUGGACAGUUUGCGAAACGAUGGCAAUGGCAAACAGAAGAAACGGGUGGUGUUCGCCGACGAUCGCGGUCGUCCCCUCACACAGAUUCGCGUAAUGUCAGAACCAAGCCACGUGCCUCCACUGUGGAGUACGGCCUACGUGGCUGGCCUGACCGGAGGUCUGCUCGGUUCGUCCAAGGAUCAGAAUCAGGAUGCGACGCAGAACUCCACGCCGCUGUGGCAAGUGACCUUCCCGCAACCGGCAAGUGAUUAUCUUGCCUUUCGACAUAAGCUCGAUCAGGAUAACGUUAGCCUGGAGAACGUGAUUGUGCGCGAAUCCGAGCAAUGCCUGGUAGGUACGGUAAAGGUCCGGAAUCUGGCCUACGACAAAGAGGUCAUUGUGAGAGCAAGCAACGACUCCUGGUCCACUCACGAGGAUGUGCACUGCACUUAUGUGGAACAACGAGGAUCACCGGCUUCCCUCAUACUCUACGACACUUUCCGAUUCCGGCUCACUCUGCCAGUGGCGUCGGACGUUAUCGAAUUCUGCGUACGAUACCACACCGACGGCAAAGAAUUCUGGGAUAAUAACGAGAGCAAAAAUUAUGUGAUUCGUAAGAAGCAAGAGCCCCGGGUACCAGCCAAAUGGUGCGACAACGUCCAGACAACGACAUGCGAUGGGAUUUCCGGUAACAGCGGGAACGGCAGCGCGGUGCCGCGCAAUACGGAGAUCACCAGACUCAGCAUGCGCACCUGGAGCGAAUUCGCGUCCUGGCAACACCUGGCCAAUGACGCGCCCUACUGGUGAAUCCACCGGCGAGGAGGCUAUGCUCCUUCGUCUCGAUACGGAUCAAGCUGUACAAACUACUCCAGUCUCUUCACCGCAAUUUCGCCAAGACGAGAGAUCACACAAAUGGGACCAUAAGCCGUAGGCAUCUUAUGGAACGCGAGUCAUCUUAGAAUUGAGGAAACGAUGAGAGGGGAGAAACUGCACGACGAUCAGAAUUGAGAAUGAGGGAAACAAGAGCGCGCGUGCGGGAGAAAAACAAUCGGGGGGUGAUAGCGAACAGCGGAGCGGACGCAACGUCGAACUCCUCGGAUAACGCAAUCUGUACGAUCCCCAUCUUCCAGCAUCCACAUCAUCAUACAACCGGAUCACCAAGGUCAUCCUGCGUCCGUCUCCAGCGCGCCAGUUCAUCGGCACGAACAUCAUCGUCGCACGUUAUCUUCUCGAACGUCCUCUUCUUCCUCCUCUACUUCCUCAUUCCUGAGAUUUUCGAACCGCCCACAGACUCAAGAUAGUCGGUCGCGGUUGAGCUUCUACCAGAUCGAGUUGAUCAAAUCUUGCUGGUCUCGUCAUGUGUGUGUCAGUCAAUAUUAUAGUCUUGUAAGUUAUCUCCACUACUUUCCUUGUAAAUAUCUUCCUCUUUCUCUCUAUCUCUCUUCCACCUCUUCGUUUCUGGCGUCCUUAACACGAUCCUUUCUGCGAAACACAGAUUCUCGACCAGCUGUGUUUAUUAUUUUACGAGUAUAACGGGACACGUCUAUAGUCUCGUGAGGUCUCAAUAAACAUAAAACAGUUGCGAGAUUACUGACAAACGCGAUAUGCCUUGUGGGGUGAAUUAUAUAGACGUUUGUUUCGUAGCGCCAACGUGUGUAGCUCAUCGCCCAGACACAUAAACGCCUAAAAGAUGAUCUACGAGUGUUUUUAUUAGAAGCGUUCUUCAGCUCUCGUCUGGGUUAUUGUCAUAUACUUGAGUGAUGCUACUCCAACAUUUUAUUAAAUGUUAAAAAAUUCUAUUAUUACUAAUUACAAGAAGCUUUUGCGAUUGCGAAAAAGCGUAGCUUGUGUUCGCAGUCGAUGUAAACAUUAUCAGCGGAAAGCGACGAAACGAUAAUCAUCAACGGCAUUUUUUAUUCUACUACUACUAUUUUAUUAUCUAACUGGUGCUAUCUACCGUUUCCCUUGCAAUAUCCCUUUUCUUUUGCGUGUACUAUUUCGCGAAUAGAGGGUAAAUUACAGCUUUGCACGGUGAAGAAAGUUUCAGCAAUCAUUAUCACGCAAUUAGAAUGUUUGAAUCGAGCAGAUGAUUGAAAUACGAUAUACCUUGUAAGAUAUUAAACUACUAACGCGCAAUUAUUUACUCCUUUCGGGGCUUUUAUUUCUCACGGAUUACUUUAAGGGAGAUUUAUAUUUUAUAUCCAUAAAAAUAUUAUAUGAUGAACGUACAGAAUUAUAUAAACAUAGAUACACACACAUCAUAUAGUCGUAUUAUCCGCUCAAUACUCGCUUGAAUCGACGCGUAUUUAAGCAAACAAGGGUCAAGAUUAAUAAAAAAAUCGCAGUAAAUGCGAACACAGGAGCCUGUCGACAAACAGUGCGAUUAUGUUAUAUGCAUACGAAUGGACACUAAACCGCUACAUAAAAGCGAUCAUUAAUUUGUGAUCUACAGAAAUUGUAAUUCUCGAUAAAAAGAAAACGAUAUAUGUAUGAGCCGAAUCAUCAGAUAAAUAUUUUUUUUCUGAUGUAUAUCUGAAGAAUCGGUUCAAUUUUUCUCGAUUUUACAAAUUAGUGCGAUCAGUACGGCUUUAAAGUGUCGGAAUAACAAUAACAGAAUGGAGCAUGAGUACUUGCGAACGCACGAAUCUUUUAGCUUUUCUGGCACUGAAUUAGAACUGCGUACCGGAAGAAACGUCGAGACGAUCGUGAGAGAUGAUCGUGAAAGCUCUAGCUAGUCAUUUGGCCAGGCGCCAUUGUACGUCUUUAACAACAGGCUUUCAUAGCAAUAUCGAAACUGCUUUCUCUGCUGAUAGAGAUUCUUCGAAGUGGAUGACGAGAGUUUCACUCGCGCGUUACAUCUUUUCAGCGAGAUAGUUUUUAACAUCGAUUUUUGUUAUAUUUUUCGAUUUUUGUUGUAUGAGCUUUCAUUACAUUUAUAAUGUUCUUCUUAGGAUUUUUUUAGCUCAUCGAAGUAUCAUGUAAUUUAAAGCGAAUAUGAAUGAAAGUAUGGAUGAUGGAGAUAUAUAAUGUUUUCAUGUAAUCUAAAUUAUUCUCUUGGAUAUUUAAUUGUUUUUUGUUAUAUUAAUUUGGUAGUGCGAUAUUAUUUAAUCAAAUUUAUAAAGUAACGCAAUAUUAUUAUAUAUAUUACGCGUAUGUAUACAAUGAUAUUAAUUUACACUACUGUGAUGAUCAAUUGAGUAUUAAAAGAGAUUAGUUUGGAAAAGAAUAUAUCUCCUUCAUCUGCUUUACAUCUAUACAGAUUUUUAAAUAUUUUUUUUUUCAAUAUCAUUAAGUUCUUUAGGAAAGCAUAUUAUUGUUGUUUUUUUAUAUAUAUAUAAAUGACGUAGGAAUCGAUAUUAUUUUCUCCUGUUCUAGUUUCUUCUCUUGUCUACUCUUUGCUCUUCUCUUUUCUUUCUUUUUUUCUUUUCUACAACGAUCUAGAAUUAAAAGCAGCUUGCGAACAAUUAUAUGUGUAUGAAAUGUGUAUGAAAUGAUUGUUAGGAUUGUUAGUCCAAUUGCUGUCGCAAAGAAAGUAGUUUGUGCAUCCGUAAUGCUGCUCCGGAUCGAGUUCGUGUCCGUUCAUCGAGUACCAUAUCGCUAAUCGAUGUAACGAGCGCUCGCGUGUAUACGUACAGGUACGAGUGUACAUUUUCUUUCGAGAGCCGUAAGACUGAUAACUUAAACUACGUACAUAAUGUAUAUAAUAAGCGUAUUCAAGAAUAAGAAUUUUAAUCGUAUCUCGAUGAAAGUUUUAAAUAUCUUAUCACUCGACAAUUAUCGGGAUUUCUUCUAAUAAGCAAAUCACAUCUCUGUAUAUUUUUUUAUCAUGUAAGUUCUCUCGUUCCCUUUUCGUGUGUUCUUAAUUCCUAUUUGUAAUAUAUCUCGUCCACAUAUACUCGACAUAUAUAUAUAUAUAGCGUCUGUUAAUGUUAUGGCAACUUUUUCGCAUCGUUUUUAUAUGACAAACGUGAUUUGAAUAUUAUCUUUACUUUUAUUGCGUAUAUAUUAAAGAUUAUUGCAUACAAUAUUAUUAUCAUCAUUGUUGGUUGUUAUAUAUCUAAGAUAUGUUUCCUGUAUAAAAUGUAUAAGUUUUGAAAAUGUUUAUUAUACUGUGGUUCGUACAUAUAUACAUGCGUUUGGGUACCGUAUUGUACAUAUCAAUGAAAAUGAUUAUUAUCUUUUUGCAAUAAAAAUUAUAACAAUGUAAAUAA